AGUACGCGCAAAAGCUGGCCGCCGGUGGGUUGAAGUUUGCUACAAGAGAAAUCUGUUUCAGGGAAUAUGCAGUGUUUUCCAUUGUAAAUUAGUGAUUCAACUCGUAAAGGGAUCUGCCGCGGUUAGGAGGAAAGUUCUGCGAUCUCGGGAGGAAAACCGGGGAGAGAUUCAAAGGGAACUGCCAGGGACAGAACGGACAGCUGACAGUGGUGUGUGCUUUCUGAAGAAAAGAAGAGAAGAAGAGGAGGAGAAUGUCUUAAGCGAUUAGGAGCAAAAGGUGGUGUCCGUUUUGUCCUCCUCACACACUCAGGUGCGUGGCCCCAAUGGAUUCCUACAACUUUCACUUUGAGAGAAUGAGCAACCUGGACCUGCACCCGUUAAGCAGACUGUCCCCAGCUAAAUCCACCAGCAGCAUCGACCAGUUCAGCCACCACCACGGGAAAGGGGACUCCGCCUACAGCUCCUUCUCUGGGGGGUCCAACGCCCCCGACUACUCGUCCCCCUUCCUGCCGGACGAGAUUAACCCUCACAGCUUGCACUACGCCGACCUGAAGUACGUGAAGGCCGUCUACCACCCCAGCGUCCUCAGCCCCAGCCCCAGGAGCAUGGACCAGCUCUACCGGUCGAUGGAAGUCAUUUCCCAGCAGUACCACCCCCACGACUCCUGCCUCAUCGGGCAGUACUGCAACCGGGAGCCUCCGCAGCCACCCCCGCCGCCGGCCCGCCUGGACAGUUUCAUAAUGAUAAGGAACCUGGAGAACUCCAGGGCCUGUCAGAGUCCUGAGGGCCAGAUGGCGGUGACCUCCCACAACCUGCCUCAGACCGUGAACCCUGAGGCUGCCUAUCCCAGGCCUGACCCGGGCUACAGCUGCGGGGCCUCGCAGUGUAACCUUAGGGACCUGAUGGGCGCAGAUGGUGCUGCCCAGCUGCCUGAGCCGCAGAAACUAACGAGUACCGUGAGCCGAUCGCCCCCAGCCUACUUCCUGCAGGAAGGCCUCAAGCAGCAGCCCACAGGAAGUGGCGGUCAGGUGGAAACCCAGAGGCAUCGGUCGUCCAUCUCCUCCCAGGGCUCCAACUGCGCCGAGCUGCUGCCGCAGUCCAGCCCCCAGCAUGUGACGCAGGCCGUAACCAAUGGCAACAUCCAACACAAAGGGCAGUUCUACUUCGUGACGGGCAUGUGCAAGCCCUCUGAGCCCGCUUUCAAAGAGGCGCUCUCAGGUGUCGUGGAGGGGGAGGAGGAGCAAUAUUCCGCAGAAGGUCUCCGCAGGCUCUUGGAGAAGAAAGAGAGGCCACACGUCGCCGUCGACGACCUGCACAGAAACGCCCGCCACCGGCGACAGAGCAGUCAGGAGUCCCAGAGUGACAGGGAGGCCUUCCACCAGAGCUACGAUUUGAAAGCAAGAGCCCAGUAUAAGGAGCGUCACAGCACAAGCCCAGGUUGCUCCUCUCCCAUUUCAGAACAGGCGUGCCACGGUUUUGAGCACUUUGAGCAAGGCCAGGGCAGGGAGAUCGGCCCUGGGUCCCGCCGCCACCACAGCAGUAGUCAUCAUAUCUUCUACUGCGGCCCGGAGGACUGUGUCCCCCCGCCCAACAAGGAUGCUGCGGCGUCCCUCCAGAAUGCUGACCAGACAAGCAACGCCAAGGCCGACCAUCUGAAGAGAGCCCAAAGGCCGCCUUUAGCAGAUGUAGCCAGUGAGAAGAUCAGCAAGGAAACCACUCCCCUCUUGUACCACCUGACCGGCGAGAGCAGAGCGGUGUUAGCUCAGAGGUCCAGAAGCGAAAGCGACGCCAAGGCCAACUGGAAGGAGUUGAGGCGUCACAGCGAGGCGCUGAGGCGGCCGCACAAAGAAGGCCCCGCCCACAAGGAGGAGAGGAGCCCUGUCGGUGAAGCGCCCGCGGAGGAGCAGCGGGAGCAAGGGGAAUCGCUGGCCGACUCCUGCAACACGCUGGACGACUCCUUCAAGAAGUACUACAAGGAGAAGCUGAAGGACGCCCAGUGCAAGGUCCUCAGGGAGACGUCCUUCAAGAGGAAGGACCUGCAACUGUCCUGGCCGCACAGGGUCAGGCCCAGGCCAGAGCAGAGGCCCUCAGUGCUUGGCUCCGUCUCGUCCUCGCAGUGCUCCUCACUCACCUCCGGGAGCCCCGUCCCCUCCGAACCCGAGGCCCAGGAGAAGGACAGUGGGAAGGAGAGUGGGAAGGAUAGUGAAAAGGAGAACGGCAGACCCCUGAACCAUGCCCAGCCCCAAGUGGCGCGCAUCGGUGGCCGGAAGAGGCUGUCGCCGGAGCAGAAGAAGCUGUGCUACUCGGAGCCGGAGAAGCUCCACCAGCUGGGCGACGGGCCCAUCCAUGCCGCGCACAGCUCCCUGGGCAACGAGAAGGAGGCCCUCCUGUCCAGGGAGGACCUCACCGAGCAGGGCCUGGUGGCCUCCAGGAGGAAGAUGUUCGAGACCAGGGGCCGUGCCCUCUCAGCCUCCAGCCUCACCAAGGCCACCCUGAAGGAGAUCCAGCACAAGGCCCUGGUGGCCUACAUGGAGCGCAAGACGGGCCACAAGACGGCCGAGCCCCAGCAGCCGGCCCCGCUGACCCCCGGCCAGAGGCACUCCACGGCAGGGAAGCCCUCGGACUGGGGCCCCAGGCCUCUCUCUGCCAACGCCGUGCCCAGGAAGAAGCUGCUCAGGCCCCUCUCCGCGGGCCGCAUCCUGGACUCCUCGUCCAGCUCCAUCAGGUACGCCCAGUUCACCCCCGCUCACCCCAGCGCUCACGCACGCCAGUCCAGCUGGAAGGAGACGACCACUCCAGCUGCAAGCAAGUCGGCCUCCGCGGAGAGUCUGCUGGACCAGCCGGAACCGCCAGAGUUCUUCCGGGCCCGCUCCACCUCCACGCCCCACGCCUUUCAGACUGCUAGCAGCACUAAGGAGCCUUCACCAGAGGCCAGCGCACAGAGCUCCAGCUCUGCGAAGAAGGCGGAGGGGGAGGUGCCGGUGAUGAAAACCCGGGCGGCGUCCGUCCCAGAGGACCGGCGGGUCCGGGUGGUAGCCCCCAGGGGGAAGUCCAUGGAGGAGCUGGGCUCGACCCGGGUCAGCGGUACCCCGGUCCUCAGCAAGAGCUCGGACCAGCUGGACCAGCUCCAUGGCAGGCAGGCCAAGCCAGUCCGGGAGAAGAGGGGCGUGUCUUUCCUGUCCUCGGAGGAUGAAAAACCCCAGGGACGCUCCCAAAUGAACCCCCUGGUCAAGCAGGGCUCCGACCCCCAGCUGUGCAGCGGAGAGGACUCCCGGGCCCCCAAACCUGGGGUCUCCCCGGUGUCCACCCCCUCCCCCCAGGGCAGGUCGCACUCCUCCUCUCCCACCUCCUCUGGCUCCAGCCCCAUCUUCACCGACGCUGUGGCAAACAUCAUGCUCCAUGCUAAAGACCUCCAGGUGCUGCCUCCGCCCAAAAGGCGCUCCCCUGAGAGGGAGCCCACCUCCCCGCCCUGCCCACCCAAGUGCCAGAGAGAGAGCAGGACAAGCUCCAGGAUAAAGACGGCCCCUCCUGUGCACUCCUUACUCUCGGAGCUCUCAGCAGAGGAUCGGGACGAGGUCACCAAGCCCGGCUCCCCCCAGGAGGUGUCCCUGAGCCGCGGUGUGACAACGGACCCCAGCUUGUGGCUCAUCACUCAGGAAAUGCCUGUCCCGGCUCCUCAGCCCUCUGUGUCUCCGGGUGACGUUGCCAGCACGAAGGAGGAUCCUAACCCACUGCCUACCACACCGAAGACUGCUGAGCCCCAAGUGGCCACGCCCACCAGGGUCCAGGACAUGGAAAGCAGCCAGAGCUCAGAUGGCGGUCCGCCGGGAACGCCACCGGAGGAGGCAGGGAUCCCGUCGAGGGAUGCCGAGCCGCCUGUGAGCAAUGUCGCCGCCAAAACAGAGCCACAGUGGGAGGAUCUCGUGGAGGAGGUGGUCGCCGAUGACCAUUCUUUGGCCCGCGUCCUGUUUCCGGUGACCAAUCGCAAGACGGCAAUGAUGCUAAUGGAGCAGCUGCUGUCUGAGGAUACGCUGCUCAUGGAGGAACACUACAGGAAGAAGCAGUCCCAGAAGACCAGCAACGCCCAGCAGGCCGAGGACAGACCUGAAAUGGUGGAAGCAAAGAAAACCACCCCUUCCUCCUGUGAAAACCUGGAUAGCGAUGACCAGACACAGGAGACAAAGCAGCCUCAAGACAGGACAGGAAGUGAUGUCACAGAGAAGAAGAGACUCCUGGUGGCCUGUAUUGAGGGGCGUCUGCAGGCCCUGGAGCAGCAGCGGGCGUCUCUGAAGGAGGAGGUGCGCGUGAACGGGCUGCGGGGCGGGGAGGUGGACGCCCUGGUGCAGGAGGCCUGCCUGCCAGCGGAGUACGAGCGCUACGCCCUUUUCAUCGGGGACCUGGAGCGCGUCGUCAGCCUGCUGCUGUGCCUCUCUGCCCGCCUGGCCCGCGUGCAGAACGCCCUGAGCACCGUGGACCAGAACACAGACGCGGAGGAGAAGCAAUCUCUGGACAACCGGCACCGUCUGCUGUGCAAGCAGAGAGAGGACGCCAAAGACCUGAAGGACAACCUGGACCGCAGGGAGCGCGUGGUGUCAGCCAUCCUGGCCCGGCACCUGACGUCCGAGCAGCUGCAGGACUACCGCCGCUUCGUCCAGACCAAGGCCUCCCUCCUCAUCCUACAGAAGGACCUGGACGAGAGGCAGCGGCUGGGGGAGGAGCAGCUGGAGUCUCUGCUCAACAGCAUCCCGCCCUGAGGGCACCCCCCCCUCCCCGGGCGUGUCCCCGCUGUCCCCCUCUGAGCUGGGGAGCGGGGGGUACGCUUUGACCAGCUCUCUUCUGGUGCGAUGUCACCCCUCACAUGAGCUGGGUCGUCCGUAGGACUUGCCGUAGACUUUUUUCAAGUGCCCGUCCGUCUGUCCACGGGAUCGCCUCUGCGGUGCACCACAGGCGCCAGCGGCGAUGCCGUCACUAGGGCACCUGUGCCUUUACUCAUGAGUGCUGCCAUUGCUUCGUAUUGCAGUCGCCGAUCACAUGACACGUCGUCCAGCGCAAUCGCCGUUUCUCAUAAUAACGUUAAUAAGCUUUAAAUAUAUACACAUGUUGCUGAGGUGAUGUGAGAGGAGGCAACAAAUUUCAAGACAGUAGACUGAAAGUAAGAAAAAUAUCCACUUAAUUUAUUCCUACUAAUUUUUAAUGUUGGCACUCUAAAUAAAACCAAAAAAGAGAAGAGAAAGCACUUUGACAUUAAUCUGCAGAGGCAUUAAUAAAUCCUCUUAGAAAUGUUCCCCUCAGACACUUGCAUGCAGUGAAACAGGUGUUAUUUAUGAUGAGCUUUUAAACAUAAGGUAAAGUAGGAUUAUGAAUAAAACAAUAUUCAUGAAAAGAAACAAAUAGUACUUAGCUGUAGUGGUGAUGUUUUUAUUGUUGGAUAUGUUAAGGUAUUUGUAUAUCAUAAACGAUGCAUUUUACUGCUGAUUCCUGGCACUGUGUCCAUGUCUUCCAUUGUUCCUUCGCUGUCCUACUUUAAACAUUUCUGUCUUGUUGUUAUACAUUAGCUAAUUAGCUCACCGGCAAUAAUUAAUUAAAAGCGUCUUAAUGAAUGUUUUAAAUUGACAGCUGAGUCCAAAGCUGAGCUUAAAUUUGAACACAUUUGGAAGGCAUGGCUAAGGUACUUUGACAGGAGGCGGGGUGAGAGGAAUUAACGUGGCCUUUAACCCAACAUAGUGCUGACUGCGUCUCACUAUGUUGUGAAUCAGGCAAGAUGCUUAAUGUCAGAAUUUGGGCCCCCUCCCCCCUUUUCCGUUAAAUGUUUGGUUUGUGAACUCAUUGUCUUUGUCUGUUAAGCUUCAGCUUCUCUC